AUGAGGGUUCUGGUCCUACUUCUUCUGGCAGCAGUUUCUUCAGCGGCUUGGACUUCGCGUGACGUCUGUGAGCUUCCCGGAAAGGUUUCAGGCAGCAUAAAGCUGCUGCAGCUGCAGCGCCAAGCCCAAUCACAUGGUGUCCAGGCUUCUCCGCAAGCUGUUUUCGGUGGCGCGGGUUGUCCCUGCAUUGGCCUGGACCGAAUAAGCGGGACUUCAAAGCCUCCGGGUGCCAACUCAGAGGCAAGCUACCCUGCUGACAUCGGUGCUCACUGUGAUGUUUGGGACAACAAGUCAUGCCGGGAGGACUCAUGCCAGAAGAUGUGGUGCUUUGUGAACCCAUGCAACUGCAACAUGUCUUCGCAUGAGCACCCGCUAUGGCAGGGACUUGCAUGGCAAGGCCACCCUGUCUAUGCAUCCGCGGCCACCUGCAACAACCAAAGCAGCGAAGGAAAGCAACCCUCAGUCUGUGAAGCAGUACACAAAGAGGAAGUGAUGGGCAAGCCAAAAUGCAAAUGCAUCGGACUCUCUGGCCUCCGCGGCAGCCUCUACAUCAACAUUUCGCGCCAGUUGUCUGAAUUCCCAGCAGACCUGGGUUCGAGCUGCCAAGCCUGGGAUAAUGAACGACACCCAGACUGUCAGGGCGAAAACCAGCCUGGCUGGUGCAGCCGACAGUGGUGCUAUGUUGAUCCCUGCUCCUGCAGUGUUGAGGAGCCCCCCAAGGUGUCAGCAUACUUCCCACGGGCGACUUAUGGCAAUCGGCCCCUGUACUACUCUUACGAGACGUGCAAUUCUCCGGACACCUUCACCUUCGAUUCUCACUCCGCUUGCGUGAAUCAGGAGACAGAAGCCAAAUGUUUGGCACUGGGUGGUGAUCCAGACGACCCGGAGAUUCGGCUUGGGGUGGUCCAGAGAAUCUUGGUUGCGACAGAUUUCCUGGGUUUCCCGAUCUUUUGCAACGACAAUGUCUGCCCAGGUUUGGAGAUUGUAGGAUCUUGUCAAGAUCUGGCGUAUGGUACCAUGUAUGCCAAGACAGCCAGCGAACUUCGCGCUGCUCCCACCUCCAAGGUCAAAGCAGUUGGUGUGAAGCUAAAGCGGUAUCUAUACAAGCAGGAUGGCUACUACAACCGAAUAGUGCCAGAUUGGAACUUGCAGAUCAAGACGCUGGAGCAACAGUACUUGUACGAAGGUGACUUCUCAUUGUUGAUCAAGGAGCUCACCGACGAAGGCUCCAUUGUACAGGACAUCACAACAGGUGUUUUUGGUUUCCUUCCUCAGGCACAUUUGGGCAGCAUCGGAGCCGAUCUGUUGCCUGGCGAUGUUGUAAACGGAGCCAAGUGCAUCUAUUUGGACAACACAAUCAUCCAAAGCCCAGACCCGACAGUCCUCCGACUGCAGACUGGAGUUGUCUUUGAGUGGGACGAGGCCACAGGCGAGGGCUACAUCAUUCCAUCGGAGGAGCAGGAUGCCUUCAACAUGAUCCGGGUGCUUCGUCGCGACAUCAGGUGGCACGACAGUCGACGUUUGUUCCCCGGCCAGUUUGUGCAGUUCGAGACUGCGCUGCCUCAUGAGGUACCUGUGAAAUCAGAGGAAGACCCGCAAGCACCUUUGGCGCUGCGUGUGCGGGGCCUCGAGGUGCGGUUUUCUCUGGAAGAUGCUUACGAGCUGAUCCCAGAAGGUGCCGCAGAUCCUCUAAUCCUGGAGGCUGCAAAGGCGCCGUACAGGCUGCCAGAAGAAGCCGUGGGUGCAGCUGACGCUGAGGCUGAAGCAGCAUCUCAGGACGUCCCCAAGGAAGCCGCUGGCAUCACUGCAGCGGAGGCGCUGCCAGUGCAUGCGACGCGUGAUGCUUACCCGGUGAGCCCUGGACGGCCUGAGCUGUCGGCCAAGAAGAAGGUUCACCCGCUUCUUCAAAGGUUUGCGGAGGAGGAGCCCAUUCUAGCAGAGGCCGAAAGUCCAUCAUGGAUGUGGCAACCACAUUUAGAAUACCUCAAGGAGGAGCGCUACGACCCCAUCAUGCCAAUACAGCUCCGCAAGAUGCCAGCCAAGCCAAAGCGCAUUCGCAUCCUGACGCACGAGGUCGCCUUGGAGCGAGGGGACAUGUGGCAGGAGGGAGCUCAACGGCGUGGGUCGAAACUAUGGAACAGACAAAAGCCUCCAGGUCGCAGACAGCAGGCAUACCUUUCGCAGAAGCUGCAUUUGGAGCAGGCUCGCGCACGAGCCGAGGAGAUCAGGUGGAGGAAGCUGAAGCUGGCAGCUUCCGAGAAACGCGCCCGCCAAGGGUGA